AUCCUUUUACUGUAGUUGUACCCUCCAUUAUCAUUCUCCAUGUGUGGUAACUAUCAAACCAUUGUAAUUGUCACUAUAAAACAACUGCAUUUGCUGCCAGGACAAUAGCAAUUCCUAUAGUGCAUUUUAAGAUUGGGCUCCACAAGUAAUGCUGGUUCUUCUAAAGAUCCUGUAAAGCAAAUUCCAUGAUUUGCUUCUCAGUACAUAAUUUACGUGUGAAAUGAGUUCCUGGAAGCAUGUGCAAAGCUUUGAAACUGUCGCACUGAAAUGUGGAGUUAGACCGCUGAACAGUUUCAGUUCCGUUUUCAUCUUAGGUUUUGUAUAGGCGGAGCCAAAACCCGACCGAUCUACGUCACAGCGACCUAUCUACGUCAGAUCACAGACGGUUGCAUUCUGUUACUCAACUGGUAUGAUGCAAAGACAAAGUAAUUAAUACAUAAAAAACUCAGAGACUGCACGUCGGUCUGUUCUGAUAUCUGCAAUUGAUUCAGCUAGUGUUGCUGUUGUUGCUAAAUUCAAUAAAUUCAAGGGGGCGGAGAUUCAGCUCCUUCAGGCGACACACCCUCCCCAGCCUCAAGCAGAGAAUACUGAUGAUUUUUUCAAGAUUUUAAAGCCUAAUUUAACAUACUUGUCUAUGUUUUUUUUAUUCAGAUUUGGAUGGGUAGUUAAAAACACAUUCUUCUGUGGUGUGAUUAACUUAAAACUCCUUUUCAAUUCCACUUUACAGGAUAUUUAAUCCCAACAAUGUCACUGCUUUGUAUACUACCUGAAUGUGCAUUUAUAAGAAGGUUGACUCUUAUAUGAUAAUAAACAAUACUUUGUAAGCCUUCAAGGUUUGUACUUUCUGCUGUAGAAACACUGUCCUUUCAUAUAAAACCUAUUUUUACAUGCUGGGCAUUCACUGUAUUAUGUAAUCCAAAGAGAAAGAUUAUGCUCAAGUUUAAUAAAAAGACAAGCCUCGAAGCAAAGAUGAGAUCAGCUGUGAAUGUGUUUCUAAACACGUGUCAUAAAAUGUAGGUAUUUUUCAUGUCUUUAAAUAUCUUGAAGUAACAGUACAGCUUAAUGCUGCAACCAACUUCUCACCGAUCAGUACUCUACUGUAGUGCCAGGAGGAGGCAAUCUAACAUCAGAAACAGCUUCCUCCUGUACGUACACAGUAGUGUAGAUCUUUUUGGAAGUUAAAUUCUCAUACUCGGGGUUGAAUUGUUUCAUUGUUGUUAGUCCCUCUAAAGAUUAUGAUGUUUUUUUGUGCUCUUUUAAUUUUUUCUUUCACUGGACACAGUUUACAGCAAGGGAUAACAUCCACUACUUCUCAACAACAUGUUUUUGAGGGAGAAACUGCGACUCUUUCUUGCAAUUACAGUGGCUCUGUGGGUUCUGAUACUUUACUGUGGUAUCAACAACGUCCCAGAUCAAUACCACAAUACCUGCUUCUGGUCAAUGAAGGAGGGUUCAAAACAUCAUCUGAAUUGACCAGCCCUCGACUGUUUGUUGAACUGAAUGACCAGAAGAACAGUUUGGAUUUGAAAAUCUCCUCCGUUAAAGUGACAGACUCUGCUCUGUACUACUGUGCCCUGCAGCCCACAGUGACAGGAAACCCAAACACACUGUACAAAAACGUGUAUUGUCAAGACCUCACUCCAGUGAAGAAGGAGGUGAACAGUGUAGAGGGUGACACUGUUAGUUUGACCUGCAACUACUCCAAAACUGCAGUAGCUGGAGAUUAUUUCUAUUGGUAUCGCCAAGACAUUGGAAAACCACCACAAUUUCUCCUAUAUGUACCAGUGAUUGGUGAUGUAUUUAAAGCUGAUCCUCUCAACAAUCGAUUAUCUGCUAACCUGAAUGAGGGGAAGAAUCAUUUGAAUCUGAGCAUCUCUUCUGCUGAAGUGACAGACUCUGCUCUGUACUACUGUGCUGUGAAGCCCACAGUGACAGAAACACCAGGCACACUGCACAAAAACCUGCCUAGAUCUAUCACAGGAACUGAAGCCUGAAACAAUCCUUCUACUGUAGUUGUACCACCCACCGCCAUAAUUUACAACAAACUAAGAGGAGGGGGGGGGGGAUUCUGUUCAGGGGAGGUACUAUAGAGGCUGUAGAAAAUAGGCAUAUGUGCAUAUAUGUGGGUAUUCAGUAUAUAUAUGAGUAAAAUAAGAGCAUCAUUUAUCAGUGUGCAUUAAAUACUGUGCUAGCACAUUCUUCUAUUUUUUCUGAGUGUACUUUACUGUGUUCUACAGUGUCAAUUUAUACUGACAUGAUAUUACUGUACUUUGCAAUGUUAGUCAAUAUACAUGUAGGUAUCAUUUGUCAAGACCUCACUCCAGUCGAGAUUGAAGUGAACAGUGUAGAGGGUGACACUGUUACAUUGUCCUACAACUUCUCCAAAAC